AUGGACAAAUCUACCACGCCGGCCGCUGCCGCCGCCGCGGCGUCCGUAGCCCCGAAUCAACCUGCAAACAAGACGAGCGCCGCCGCGCCCACACUGAAUAAUGAGCUGGAGAUGGGAAGCAUCGGCGGUGAUGCGCCUAGCGCGGAGAACGACAUUAUGCAGGUUGCGCGUGUAGGAGACGUUCCGGCCAUGGAGAAGCUCUUCGAGUCGGGCGAGUACGAUGCGACCUUCACCGAUGAUGAAGGCAUCACACCCUUGCAUUGGGCAGCUAUCAACAACCAGUAUGCCAUGUGCAAGUUCCUCAUCGACAAUAGCGCAGAGAUCAACAAGAAGGGAGGCGAGUCCAUCGCAACACCUCUCCAAUGGGCCGCCCAGAGAUGUCACUACUAUACCGUCAACCUCCUCCUCCAACACGGAGCCGACCCCCUCAUCACCGACGCCCAGGGCUACAACACCCUCCACAUCUCGACCUUCAACGGCAACACCCUCCUCCUCGUCCUCCUGCUCCACCAAGGCAUCCCCGUAGACGUGCUCGAUAGUUACGGUCACACGGCGCUUAUGUGGUCCGCCUACAAGGGGUUCCCCCAAUGCGUGGACCUCUUCCUCCGCUGGGGCGCUAGCAUCCACACCACGGACGAGCAGGGCUUCACCGCGCUUCACUGGGCGUUAGUCAAGGGCUCCCCGGCCUGUAUACAGAGGCUCCUCGAGUACGGGGCGGAUCGAUUCGCAAAGACGCAGACCGGCAAGACGCCCGCUGUCACAGCUAAGGAGCUUAACACGACCGGCGCAUGGCAUCGAGCUCUUAAGGAGUGCGGUUAUGAUGAAGAUGGACAGCCGAUUGAGCCCAGCUUUCCUGGUUCGCGCUUCCUCCGCCAGGAUAAGAGGGGUUUCGUGACCAAGUUCUUGUUCUUGUGGCCCUUCCUAUUGGUUUGGUCCAUGAUUACGAUACUGGGAAGCAUGAACGUGUUUGCCGGCGUCUUCUUCUCUCUAGUCGUUGGUUAUGCGCUUCAAUGGUGUGCUCAACAGGUCAUCGAGUUUGCGCCUCCCGACAUGAGACACUUCCACAAGACUCCCUGGUUGGCUGGUAUCUUCUCUGCAUCUUUGUUUUUGGUCGGUCUGAGGUGGUUGACCACCAUUCUCCCCGCGACUACCGGUUCAGCUGCUGGCACUCAAUCUCACUGGUGGCUCAAUCUGAUCUUUGGCGUAUUCUUUGGUCUCUGUGCCUAUUUCUACAGCGCCGCCAUGCGAUACGACCCCGGAUUUGUUCCCAAGAUGAACGGCAUUGCCGAGCAAAAGGCCGUCAUUGACGAGCUGCUCAAGGAGUGGAAGUUUGAUGAGACAAACUUCUGUGUUACGUGCAUGAUCCGGACACCUCUCCGCAGUAAGCACUGCAAGCGGUGCCAGAAGUGCGUCGCAAAACACGACCAUCACUGCCCUUGGGUCUAUAACUGCGUCGGUAUCAACAACCACCGUCACUUCUUCAUGUACCUCAUCAGCUUGACGUUGGGCAUCAUUUCCUACGAUUUCCUCGUCUACUACUGUAAGUAUCAGUCCUCCAAGCUCUACUUCGGCGCUAACACCAACGGCGCAGACUUCACAGACAUCUCGGACAAGGUCUCAGAAACCUGCAACUUCCUUAGCCCCAGCCUCUGCAAGGUUGUCAACGCCGAUGGCUACACGGCCAUCCUCACCGUGUGGACAACUCUGCAGCUUACCUGGGUUGGUAUGCUGCUGUUCGUGCAAUUUGUCCAAGUCUCUCGCGCAAUGACUACCUACGAAAAUAUGUUUGGCAUCCAAGACGGGUCUCUCACUACCGCCUUCACCUCAACAGGCACCCCUCUCGACCCGAACCACCCGUCCUUGACCCCUCCGGAAUCUGCUGGCGCCCACGCCCACGGUCACAAGCACAAGGGCGGCCGUCUUCAGCAAUGGUCUCGUCUCCUCGGUGUGGACCCCUUCAUCGAGACCAUCCGCGGUCGCGGCGCCGCAACCCAGAACAAGCGGAGAAAGAAGAACCCCUACUCCAACGGCUGCAUGGCCAACUGCCGCGACUUCUGGUGCGAUCCCGCACCCACGUUUGGCCAACGCGAGAAUGGUUCUGCCAUGCUGGGUGGCGAGCCUGUCAACUACACCGCCAUGUACGAGAGCCCGACCCUGAUGAACAUGAGCAGAGGCCGGAGGAGGGCAGGCGGCUACGAGUCCGUUGCUGCAGAGGAGGUAUAA